CUGUUUCUCCAGUCUCUUUCCCCUGUCUUUGUCUCACACUCUUUUGUUAGCCAUGCCUAGCCUGCUGGUUCUAGCAGGGAUCAUGGAGAAAAAUGGGGGCUACGGAGGGGAUCUAGCCGGCUCCGGGUUCGGAAGCGAAGGUCUCCUAGUGCCACCGGACGAGGAAGAAGACGAAUCCCGUGCCCUGAGGGUCGCGCUGGGCCAGCUGUCUCUACUGGGGCUUGGUGAAGGCGAGGACGGUGGCGGGGCUCCUGGAACGGGAGUACAGGAUCGGAGUAACAAUAACAAUAACCAUCACAACCAUACCAAUAAUAUUGGCGGAGGUGGUGGUGACACAGGGCUUUUGCAAGGGAAGAACAAGUUAUGUGUCCUGUACGAGGGUUCAAGUGAGACGAAAGGACGAGGCUGCAACAUAACAGAAUGCGUCCCCGUGCCCAGCUCGGAACAUGUGGCCGAAAUAGUGGGGAGACAAGGUUGCAAGAUCAAAGCCUUGCGGGCCAAGACCAACACCUACAUCAAGACCCCCGUGAGGGGCGAGGAGCCUGUGUUUCUCAUCACGGGCCGAAAGGAGGAUGUGGCCCUGGCCCGGCGCGAGAUCAUCUCUGCCGCCGAGCAUUUCUCCAUGCUCCGAGCGUCUCGCAACAAGCUUGGCGUGUCCUUCAGCGGUUCCCCGCCUGCGCCCCUGCCGGGCCAGACCACCAUCCAGGUGAGGGUGCCCUACCGCGUGGUGGGGCUGGUGGUGGGGCCCAAGGGUUCCACCAUCAAACGCAUCCAACAGCAAACCUGCACCUACAUCGUCACCCCUAGCCGAGACCGUGACCCUGUCUUCGAGAUCACGGGAUCACCCAGCAACGCCGAGAGGGCCCGUGAGGAGAUCGAGGCGCACAUCGCAUUCCGAACGGGAGGUCUGCAUGACCACAACAAUGAGAAUGACUGCUUGGGGCCGGAUGGCGGCAGCCCAGUAGGCUCCGGGGGUCUGGAGAGCCGCCUGCAGCAGGUGUGGGGUCUGCAGGGGGACCAGCGCAAGCCAUUGACCAGUAGCUUCCGCCAGAAUUUCUCAGAUGCCAUGGUUGGAGGAGGGGAAGGAGGUGGGGUAAUCUUCAGCAAGGGCAACUUCAACAGCCCUGGAGAGAAGCCCUGCUCCUACUUUGGCUCAGAGGGCACCCAGAGUUGGGGAGACCCAGACUACCCAAAACAGGUGGCCUUCUAUGCCCAGCAGCGCUCCAAGAGCUUUGGAGGCCUGCCCCUGCCCCUGACCAGACUCUCUCCAGGCCUUUCUGACCCCUGUGGAGGGAACAACGGCAACUCCUCGGGCACCAGCAUCACUAUUCUGUCUGGCUCUCCUCAUGCCCAGGCCCGUCGUGCCCACAGCGAGCCAACCUCGGGCGUGGGGUUCCCUGGACGCCUCCCUGUACCGGACUCGCCACCGGCCAUCCUCCGGGACUGCAUGACCUGCUUCGAGAGCAAAGUGACGGCCGCCCUGGUGCCCUGCGGCCACAACCUCUUCUGCAUGGAGUGUGCCAUCCGCAUCUGUGAGCUCAACCAUCCAGAGUGCCCGGUGUGCCACACCCUGGUCUCUCAGGCUAUCCGAAUAUUCUCCUAAAAAACACCACGUCAGUUUUUAUCAUUCGUUUUAUCACAGUGUUUGUUUGACAAUUAUUUACUAUUAUUAUUAUUAUUAUACUUUUCUCAGA